GUACGUAAGGCGAGGGUGUUUGGUAUGCUCUGGGACAGGGCAGCUUGUUCGCAGUAAUUCAAGGUUUUGACCGUGUAACAAUAUUGUUGUGCUAUCGUCGUCUGUUACAAAAGAAAUAAUUCGCCUUCACAACAGCCGCGAAAUCUCGUUGGAUUUAAGUUAGCCGCGCAUAGAAUGGCCGCAGUUUUCGAUAUCGAAUUGCACGAUGCGGACACGGUAAAUAGGGACGAGUCUGACGAUGAUGUUAUCGAGAUUGGCGAGGAAGAGUACGAUGCGAAUCCAAAUGUGAAUGAAAUAACCGAAUCGGAAGGUGUUGAAACAGUACCUAUAUCGGAACAGAAUGUCAAUCGUGGGCGAGAAAGAGCUGGACCACAGGAUUUCGAGCUUUGUAAAGUUAUUGGAAAGGGUGGUUAUGGCAAGGUCUUUCAAGUGCGUAAAAUAACGGGUAACGACAGUGGCACGAUCUUUGCGAUGAAGGUCUUACGUAAAGCAUCAAUUAUAAGGAAUCAAAAAGAUACUGCACACACUAAAGCUGAAAGAAAUAUUUUAGAAGCUGUAAAGCAUCCUUUCAUCGUAGACCUUAUGUAUGCUUUCCAAACUGGUGGCAAAUUAUAUCUGAUUUUGGAAUAUAUGUGUGGUGGUGAACUAUUUAGACAUUUAAAUGAUGAAGGCAUAUUCCUCGAGGAAACAGCUUGUUUCUAUCUAUCGGAAAUAAUAUUGGCUCUUCAACAUCUUCAUUUGCAAGGAAUUAUUUACAGAGAUUUAAAACCUGAAAACAUCUUGUUAGAUGCAGAGGGACAUAUAAAACUAACUGAUUUUGGUCUCUGUAAAGAACACAUACAAGAUGGUACUGUUACACAUACAUUCUGUGGCACUAUAGAGUAUAUGGCUCCAGAAAUUUUAACAAGAAGUGGGCAUGGUAAAGCUGUAGAUUGGUGGAGUCUUGGAACUUUGAUGUAUGAUAUGCUUACAGGUUCACCACCAUUUACUUCUGAUAAUAGAAAGAAGACUAUUGAAAAAAUUUUACGUGGUAAACUAAAUCUUCCACAAUAUCUAACACCUGAUUCCAGAGAUCUCAUUCGAAAAUUAUUGAAGAGGCAAGUUGCACAAAGAUUAGGAUCUGGUUCAUCUGAUGCAGAACAAAUAAAAGGUCAUCAAUUUUUCAAGCAUAUCAAUUGGAAUGACGUCAUUUCCCGUAAAUUAGAGCCACCUUUUAGACCAACAUUAACAAGUGAAGAUGAUGUAUCACAAUUCGAUAAAAAAUUUACGACAUCUGCACCAAUAGAUUCUCCUGCAGAGUAUACAUUAAGUGAAUCUGCUAAUAGAGUAUUUCAAGGAUUUACAUAUGUGGCACCUAGUAUAUUAGAAGAUAUGUACUCGCAACCACGGGUAAUAAAUGCUAGAAGUCCACGUAGAGGUAAUAUGCGAGGAUUUUCUCCUCGAGGAACACACUUUCAUUUACAUAAUAAUCAUGUACAAAAUCAUAGACAUAACGGAGUUGGGCACGGCAAUGUGGAAGAUACAGAAAUGAUCGAAAUAGGCUAACUGCCACUUUUUUUUAUAGUGAAAAAAUGCUUAGCAUUUCGGCCUAACUGCUGAAUAUCCAUGACCAAUCCUUGUGUCUCAGGGAGGGAAUUUUAUAAAAUAUAGUUGGAGUAGCAAAAGGAUAGGUCCAAUAUCCAGUGCUUCAUUGGAUAUGCAGCAGUUAAAUUUAGCUAAUUUUUUUUUUUUAAUCAAAUCUAAUUAUAAUAAAGGUACUAAUUAAGAUUGUGCUUUAAGAGCAGCGACGCAGCAGU